AUGCCAGGGCAUUUGUGGUGCUGGACGCUGGUCCUACUCUUGGUGAGCCCGGGGCCCAAGGCCCAAAAGACGGAACCUAAAGCCGGUCCCAGUGGCACCCUGUUCCGUGGGGCAGCCCAGUACAACUUCGCCAUCCUCCUACCCGGGUCUGGCCUCCAGUGUUAUUGGCACUUUGCACAUCAGAGCGGUCGAUUCUAUCUGACGUACAUGGUGCAGUGGGUGAGCGGGAUGUCUGCGGACAGACGCUUGCAUGUGGCUGUCCUCUCUCCUGAAGGCAUACAGGUGGCAACCCUAGAUGAGCCCUCAGGCCAGAUCAACUUCCAGACCCAAGUGACAGGUUUCUAUCAAAUGUGCUUUGGGAACUUCAUCAACAAAUUUGCAAAUAUGCAAGUGUACCUGGACUUUGGAGUGUACUAUGAAGACCUGAGGGAUGUAGACAGUGAGGAUGAGGAAGCGAGGAAAGAUGAAGAACAGCUGAAUAGCACCAUCACCAAUAUUCAGGUGAGUACCGACAAACUGAAGACAUAUGUUGUCCACAUGUGGCGAUUCUACAACUACGGUCGCAUGAAACGAGCCACAGAUUACUACCUGCUGGUGUCCAACUCCAGCUACGUCAGCUGGUGGUCGGCAGCACAGACCGUGGUCAUCCUCACCGCCGGAUACCUGCAGCUCUUCAUCAUCAAACGCCUCUUGCACUCACAGAGCAGCAUGCCACGCUGCUAAAGAGCCCGUUCAAACUCACACAUUAGCCAUUUCAGUUUCUCAGAAAUGCCAACAACUUCAUAAUCCAAAAUAUGUAGCCUACUUUAUGUGUUUAAAAAGGAAAGUGCAGUGAUAUACAGUAUGCUGUUCCAUCUAUCAGUUUAUCAGUUAU